CCUUCUUUGAAUCUACAAAAAUCUACAAACUUGAACCUUCCGAAUCUUCUAGAUUGCUACCAAGGUUCACCACAUUGCACAAGUUAGAUUCAAGUGUUGGUAUCACAUCGAAUUGUAACGGAUCGCACCCCUUAAAGUUCCCUCUCAUUACCUUUUUUAUUAAAAGUUGAUCUUGGAACAACAAACUUCUCUGAGUCAUUAAAUCGGACUCGUACCCGACCCUCGAAAUUGAACUCACCCACCGCGACACCAAACUUGAACAUCUCGACCUCCCUAGGAAAGAAUGGAACCUUAGCUUUUCUCCCACGGCAUUGCACUACAGAAUUCAGACAAAUCACCAUCAACCCGCUUACUGAUCUCCCUCCUCCCUCUCCCGGUACUUAAACCCGACCGGGCCUACUCUCUCAACCCCCACUCCCCGCAGACCACCUCCCACCAACACUCCCCUCACCAUGGCGAAAUACGAAUACCUAAGCAACCCAGCACAAAUCUACCCAGGCCCAUCCGCGCGCGCCGCAGCCCUACUAACCAAGCAACGCGCGCCGCUAAUCCUCGUCCACGACGGCGGCGGCACAAACUUCAGCUACCACCUGCUGGACCCCAUCGACCGGCCCGUGUGGGGCAUCGAGAACGCGCGCCUGCACGAUGGAGGCUUCUGGGAGGGCGGGAUUGCGCAGAUGGCUGAGCAUUAUGUGGGCUUGCUCGCGAAGAUAUUGCCCGAGGGAGGGGAUGUUUUGCUUGGUGGUUGGUCUUUAGGCGGCCAUCUGUCGCUGGAGAUGGCGCACCAAAUCGCGCUAGCGGGGCGCGGGGGCGGUACUAGCAGCGGGACGAACACCCCCGCGGCGCCCAAAUUCCGCGUCAUUGGGAUGAUCUUCAUCGACACCGUGUUCCCGCUACGGCUAGGCGAGCUGCGCGGUCCGCUGCCGACGGAGCCCGUGUUCUUGACACCGGAGGAAUCGAAGGCGAUGGUGUUGAAGGACAAGGUGGACCUGAACAUGACGCACGCGCGCAUGAUGGUCAUGGACUGGGAGGUCCCGCGCUGGGAGGGCCUAAAAGUGCCCCCGACGAUCCUGAUGCGCGCCAAGGAGUUCGUCAGCGAUGACCCCACUAAGACUUUCGUCGACUACGUUCGCGAGUUCGAGCUCUUGGGCUGGGACGAGUAUAAUGCCGAGCAUGGCAAGUUCAUCCAGGAUGUUGUUGAGGUCGAGGGCCAUCAUUUCUCUAUCUUCCACAUGAAGAAUCUUGAUAGCAUCACGAGUAAAGUGCGCAUCGCGGCAGACGAACUUGACCCGCCGGAAUUUUGAUGGAUAUGUUGCAUAUGGGGGGAGUAAUUGAGGUUGUAUUUGAGACUGUUUGGCGGGGCGUUUAUACCUACUACUGAACGAGAAUGGCGUUAUUUGGGGGUUGUAGAGAUUAGACCAUAGCACUGACGCUGUCCCGGUUACACACUGAGCUACGUUCCCUAGCUUGGCAAUACA